AUGUGUAAUGAGAUAGAGAACGAGAAGCAGACGCAGGAGAAUGACCACAAGUUUGAGGCCAACUACCCUUUGCUACAGAAUAAAACUAUUUCUCAAAAAUGUAUUUCUACAGCAAGUAAGAACCUUCAGGGUCUCACAGGCCUAGUGGACACAGUCAUCAUGAACAAAGAGGCCUUGUCUCAAACAGUGGAGGAGGCAGCCAUCGUCUCCUUUGACUUUUUCCAACCUCCUAGGUCAGUUCUGAAGACUUGGGUUAAAGCGUCUGUGAUCACUCAUCUUAGGCCAAGAAUGUCUUCUGAGAAGUUAGGAGAGAACCCUCGGCCUCAAAAGCUGGCCCAUCCAGGUGGAUCCCAAGAUAAGGAGACUUCUGGUGACCCGCUGCAGAAGAGCAAGGAGAUCCAUCAAAGGACCCAGCAGUUUGAGAUGAGCCUGGGCGACCUACAAAAGGUGUUUGAGAAGGAGACAGCCAAGACUGGAGCCCUGAACAAGGAAGGGUUCAUCAGGGUCAUGAUGAGGGUGCUGAGCAACAUGUCGGAGGAGACGCUCGAGGUGCUCUUCUUGAAGGUGGACUCCGACUGCAGUGGCUUUGUCACCUGGCAGAAGUAUGUGGACUAUAUGAUUCGUGAGUUCCAGGGCAAGGAGAAGAUGAGGAAGAGCCAGUACCGCCUGCGCUUCCACCUUCCCAUGACCAUCAUCCCCCUGCGCCAUGGGAGCGAGGUUGUAAAAGUGGCAUUUUUAACCCAACGGUUUAAAAAGUUGGGGUGUUUCCUGACUGUCACCAAGGACGGGAACCUACAGUUCUGGUCUGAGACAUUUUCAAUGAUGAGCCUCUUUCGGCUUACCCAGCCCCAGCAGUUCCACCACCAGAAGAUGUGGGUUGUCGACAUGGUAUAUCUGCACAACAUGAACCUCAUUGCAGUUGCCUCGACUGGGCUAAAGAUAGAGUUCUUUGAUGUCAGUAAACACAAAUGUGUCCGGGCCUUCACCUUUACUGACCUGGAUAGCUGUGUCAAUGUCAUGGACUAUUGGUCUGACUAUCACAAAGGUGUGUUCUGCUACGGUGACAUCAAGGGCAACGUUGUCAUCUUCAUCUCUGACAAUAUGGCUGGUGGACUGUUCAACCCACUCAUCCUUCCCCGGACCUCCAAAUGGGAUCAAUGGACCAAUGUUCCCUUGCAGAGACUCUUAAGUGAGAGGUCCUCGCUGUAUAGAAGCUACCGAAUGAAGGGUCUGCACCCUAAUUGGUGUCAGCAGGUCAAAUACAUCCCCCAGCUGAAUGGGGUAGUCUCCUGCUCAGCCAGCGAGAGAUCCUCCUUGGUGCUGAUAAUACUGCCAAGCAAAGAUGUUGAGAAACCCAGGUUAUCAUCACUGACUUUAAGAAAAGGAAUUCUUUGCUUUGAAUUCUGUCCAGACAGGAGCUUUUUGGCAACUGGUGGCUAUGACUCCCACAUCCGCCUGUGGAACCCCCUGGUCUCAAAAAAGCCUGUGUGGAUGAUGAAGGGACAUCGGACAUCAGUGACUCACCUCCUCAUGAACAGCUACAACACCAGCAUUCUGAUCAGCAUUUCCAUGGACAAGAACAUUCGAGUGUGGGACCUGCAGGAAUAUGUGUGCCUCCAGUCCAUCGGUGGGAAGCUCUUUCCUCUGGGCAACUGCCCCAUAACCAGUGCCUACAUACACAAGGACAACACCCUCGUCUGUAGCACCUACAAUAUUGGGAUCCUCAGAGGGUACUUGGAAUCCCAGGGCCCCGUGAAAACAGGGAAGAUGACGACUCACAACACAGCCCUGUGUGCGGUCCUCUACAGCAAGAUAUUUAAGCAGGUGGUGAGUGGCAGCCUACGUGGCACAGUGAGUGUGUGGGACAUCACCACAGGCAAGAAGAGUCUGGAUUUCAUAGUGUCCGGCCUGCAGAAAACCGAGCUGACCACCAUGGCGCUAGACGAGUCGGAGCGGUGUCUGCUCACAGGCUUGCGUGAUGGCACAAUGCAGAUGUGGAAUUACAACACUGGGGAAUGCCUUCAUACUUUCCCCAACCCGGACAAAGCAGAGAUUAGUGGGAUUGUCCACAUGAACAAAGUGUACUACACGACGGGGUGGAGUAAAAGAAUCACCAACUUCACGUUCCAUGAGAGCAAGCCGGUACUGUCCUGCUACCACUGGCAGACCUACCACACGGAGGACAUCCUGAGCAUGGCCAAGUAUCAGAACCAGUUCCUUGGGACCUCUUCCUACAACGGCGACAUCAUCUUCUGGAAUACCCGCAUGUUGAAGCCCAUCUUGUGUUUCAAUGCCUCUAAGAGCCCGUUGCCUUUGCAGCUGAGGAAGGUGAAAGACUCAGAGGAAUGCGCACCCAAAGGCAAGGUCUUUCCAGGCAGCAAAAGGCAGAAGCCGGCACAGAAGUCCUGCAAGAGGUCUGUUGUCUCCACUAUGAGGAAGAGGCUGAUAGCAACGCCCCCUGUGAUGAAACACCAGCGAGACUCAGAGCGAGAAAAGAGUGCGACUCAGCAGAUCAUUUUCCUGCAGACCAGGCCUCGCCUGCCACACACAGCUGCCAUGCUGACAAGCUGUGCUGAUGGCUUCAUCUACGCCUGGUCCAUCCACGGGAACGGAGGUCUGCUGGGGAAGUUCCCUGUGGACCUCGACGAGAAUGGGGAAGUUGUUGUGGGUGCCAUGGCUACUGAUGAGAACGACUGGAUCCUCCUCACAGGGGACAGUAAAGGCAUCAUCAAGAUUUGGGACAUCAAGGAUUACUGCUUAUUUACUGGUCAGAAACCACUCCAACACAGUGGGAUCAAGAUCUCCACCGAAGCAGAGAAUAAAUUCCGCUUCUUAAUCCCUAAAAAACUCCAGAUUCGCUCCGUGUACUACAUCCCGCAGAAGGAGGAGGAGGUUGUGGAGGGCCAGACCAUUUCUCUGGUUCCCCCAGCACUUCUGAUUACCUGGACUAGCCACUCGGAGAACAUAGGAGAUAUCUUGUAUAUUGACGCCUACCAGCUGAUUGUCAGUGCUGGUGACGACCAGGACCUCAAGGCUUGGAAACUCUCUGGUGAAAGCAAAGGAACAUUUGGCUUGAAUACUUGGAAGAAACUUCAGGAGGCCAAAAUGGUGGCCAAUCUGGAACAGGAGGCAGUUUUGAAGGAGAAGAGUGACUCUUCCGGCCACCCUCUCAAGAGCUCCUUCCUGGAGCUGCACAAGGAACUGGCUGAAGCCCUGGAGUUCCAGCGGCGCGAGCAGGCAGCGCUGAUGGCUCUCCUGCACGGGAAAGCAGAGAAGGAAGCUGAGGCGCGGGCCAAGCUGCACCAGAUGUCGCUCAUAUCCCCAUGGACCAGGGACCAUUCCGUGGAAGACAUUGAAGAGAGCUGGAAUCAAUGGGCCAAGGACAAGCAGGCAAGCAAGAUUGUGGGAGCAGCGUACAAGCCGAAGGAGCGUGUGCGGAACCCCGAAUUCCUAACGGUCAGAGUGCCAUACGAGUGGAUGAGGCAGCAGAUCUCUCCUCAGGUCUACCAAAGCUUGUGCCUCACCGACCUGAAGCCAAUCCAGCAGCCUGACUUCCUGACGCCUAAGGCCUUGGACCAGCAGGGCCGGCGCAUCCACUGGGUGACUAGUGAUAUCCGGAGCGAGGUGGACUCUGUGCGGGGUCAGGUCUUCACGGACAUGGCAGCCAGCAACACAUCUGCUGCCUCGCCUUCCUCCCUCUCCAUGCUGUCCCUGGGAGCAUCAGCCUCCAGGGUUGUGGAACCCAGCUGCUCUACCUCCCUGAGGCCUCAGGCCUCUGUCUCCUUCCUGAGACACUGGGCAGCAUCUCCAGCUCAGUCCAGCUCCUCUAUGUCACCCCAGACCUUGAGUGUGCCCCACAAAGGUCAGAAAACCCCACGUCAGUUUCCCCGUCCCUCAUGCAGCAUCCAAGGCCUGGGGCAGCCACCCUCAUGUCCUCUGUAA